AUGGAGCUCGGAGGAAAAGGCAAUGCAGUUACUUCCACAACAACAGUGAUAUCAACCAAAACCAUAGAAGUAAUUAAACCACAUACCAACCCGGAUCUAGAAGCCAAACCCGAAUCAGAUCCAUUUCCGGUCAAGAAAGAAACCCAAAAACCGACGACACGUGGCGACCAAGCAUCAAAGUACCGAGAAUGCCAGAAGAACCACGCGGCGUUAACCGGAGGACACGUGGUGGACGGAUGCUGCGAGUUCAUGGCCGGAGGAGAAGAAGGUACGCUAGGGUCGCUAAAAUGCGCCGCAUGCAAUUGCCACCGGAGUUUCCACCGGAAAGAAGUAUACGGACACCGGAGCAACAACCAAGAUCAGGUGAUGAUAACUCCGGCAUUUUACUGCAGUAGCAGCUCGUACAAGGCGAUGCAGCCACGUGGAAUGCAUGACACGUGUGAGAAUAUUGGAAGGAGGACUUCGUCGUCGAGCGAGGAUAUGAGGAAGAUUCUGAGUCAUCGGAAUCAGAGUGUUGUCGAUGGAUGGUGA